AUGGGAGCCCCAGAAGAGACGGUAUUGGAACACUAUAACAAUGAGCAAGAAAAAGGAGGAACCAGUGCGGGAACCAAACUUGGUAAGAUUGUAGCAGCAGUAGUGCGCUCAAGAUACACUGGUGGAUCAGUAUACCUUCCUCGAUUCAGCCGCUCUAGUCUCGCUCGAACCCGCUCGGUGGUAUCUGAAUCCGAUGUCACCAGCGUUUCCCCCCACGAAGUUUCUCGAGACGUACAUAAAAUUGGGUUACCUAUGCGGACAACUACUGUGCCGCCCGCUUCCGCUAGACCACCACUAUCGACCCGGACUCAACCCCCUCCCUCUCGCGUCACACCCCCUGUACCACGCUCAGUCUCUCAACCUACCGUUCCGCUUGCUCGUAGACCGACUCUCCCUGCAGCUGCCCCCAAGCCUGCUCUCAGACCUAGCACACCUCCUCGGGCUCCCGCCAUAACUCCAGCCCUCAGUGCGAUCCCAGUUUCAGCUCCCAAGCCUACCCCUGCCCAUGCCCAUGCUCCUAAGCCUAUUCCUGUUGCUAGACCAGCCCCUACACCCACUUCAGCCAUUACACCUGCCCCGGCUCCUAAGCCUACCCCGUUUUCUAGAUAUACCCCACCUUCCAUCUCAGCUCCUACUAAACCAAUUCCCCCUAAACCAACUCAGAUUACAAGGCCAACUCCUACUGCUAAGCCGGUGCUAAUCCCUAAACCAACUUCAAUUCCUAAAUCAACUCUAGCUCCCAUACCUACAACAGCUUCCACCUCUCCCGUUUCUCCUGUGUCUCCUACCCAAUCCUCAACUUCUCGAACGCUUGCAAGCGCACUCGCUCCCUCGACCACGAAUCCGUUAGGUGCUACAUCGCCCAUUAGCGAAAACACGUACAGAGUUUGGCGGGGGUCACUUGCAAAACCUCGGAACCUUCGAUAUCCAACCAGCCCGUAUACCCAGAUGAUCAAUAAUGCAGCAUAUAAACCACAGGUGCUUCCACCUCCUGGUACAAUUAUUGAAAGCAGCGGGGAGGGAAUAAUGCGUGCCGAACGAGCCCUCUAUGCAGAAUUGAGUAUCAGGCCGGUAGAUGAGAGGAUAUAUUGGACAAUGCCACCUGAUCAUGACGAACGGGUACGGAACCGUAUUCGAGAUGUGGACAAAGCAUCACGAGAAUUGGCAUUAUAUGGACUUGACAUGUACUUGGCUCUUGGCGUCAAAGGAGCCAUUAUGACUAACGCAGGCUAUCAUGCACCCGAAUGGCCCGAUAGCCCAGCUUACGAUUGGAUUACGUUCGAUGAUGCCCGCAAAACUGGCGACAAGGUCCUUCAAGAAAGUAUUGCCUUCACAGAUCCCUCGAAAACUACCCUUGUUUUUAUAUUUCUGAUGUCGCGGUCCGGAGAAAGUAUGGCUAUCUGGAGGCGUAAAUUUACUGUUCCACCCAGUGAACAACUAGCACGAAAUCUCGAACUUCGAAAGGUGGCUUAUGAAGCACAAAAACGGGGCCAAGUUUAUGAAAUUGAUUUAAGUCCCCAAACGAUGGUCGUAGAGGAGGACGCUUGGAUACUUGUCGUUCCGGAGGGCAAGGAAAAGAAGCAACGCAAGUUCCCGUGGUUCAAAAUUGAUUGGGGAAGCCUGUGA